GAGGGCGAUAAUCUAUCCAUGUUGGGCUCCGCAAUGCUGCACCUGCACUAGAUGAUUGUGUGGGAAGAACUUCUUGCACCACCCUUGACUUUGUAAAGGGCAACCUCUUGUUUUGAUCCAAAAUACAGCUCAAUGUCGCCCUGCUAUUCUGCUUCCUCAUCUUUUAUUUUCACUUUCUUUCUGCCCGUUGAAGCCUUCACUGUUCAGGUUUUCCUUCACUUUCAGCUUCCUUUCCAAUUCUUUUAGAGGCUUUGAAGAUGGAACCUUUCCCGAAGGGCAUGCUAGGCCCACCUUCUAGCUCCUCUUUGGCAAGCGAUUUCAACUAUCUAGCACUCUGCUCCCUAUUCACCAUUCUGAAGCCGAGGAGUCUAUAGAUUCGUUUGCGUCUCUUGUUUCACCAAUUGCCAGCAUCUUUCAGGUGCAGCGUUUUGAGUCAUCCUUCUCCUGAAUUCUCUUAAAACAUGCCGUUUCUUUUUACCUUAAAGUCAUGUCUUCUUUUUUCCUCUGUUUCGCUUCUUCUCUGCACAUCUACAUAGAAAAAAACCAGACAGAACCUUGGAGCCCCUUCCCUCUCCCUCAUUAUCCAAAGAACAAACCCUAUCCUCUUUUGCCAUCCUUCUCCUUUACUUCAAGGAAGAUGAAGUCCACAAGCCGAAGUUGCUUGAGUUCAAGUUUCUGCGUUGCCACUUCAAUUCAAGUCAUCAUCAGCUGGCCUUUGGCUAGCUGGGGCGGAAUUUACUAAUUCUCAACUGAUCAUAAACCUAUAAGUUGUUUUUCAAUUUGAUCCCUUCAUGUUUUCUGCAUUAAUUUCCCAAAGGGUCUUUUUUUCAAUUGUGGUUGACAUUUACCGAAUAAUGUUCAUAAUUUAUGGAAAUGUUUUUGACACAACACUGAAAAGAAUGAGUAUACAUUUGUUAGGGACUAAAUUGAGGUUUCCCAAACAAAAAGGUCACAGGAGCAGGAACUCUGAUAACUGACUAGAUGGUGACACUCAACCUGGGACACCCAGUGAUCUCUCCCUCCUUAAAACGACAAAGCCUGUCGCCGCCAGAACCAAACUCAUUGUCGUUUAUGACCUCGGCCAUGGCCAUAGCGACUGCAGCCUCCUCUCUCCUCCACUCAAAACCACCACCACCACCACCAACUCUCCUUUCUCAUUCCCCACAAUCAGCACAACAACUUCACCUUCCCAAAACAACAUCCUCCAAACGGACCCCAUUAGUACUUACCACGAGUCAUUCAACCUUGGAAAAGACCAUUCCCACGACAAGUCGUUCCACCAAUUGCCCAGACCUAUCUUUCCUUUCUUCUUUGACAACAUCUGCUAUUGAUAAUCUAGCCGUGGUGAGUCCUUCACUUGCAUAUGCGAACACCCUUUGCUUCAAAUCUGGAUUUAACGUGCAAAUCAACGUGAAAGAGAACGAGCCUGAGGAGAGUAUACUGUUUCGGUUCAAGAAAGCUGUUAUAAGGGCACGUGUUUUGCAGGAGUGUAGGAGGAGGAGGUUCUUUGAGAGCACACAAGAUAAGAAGAAGAGAAAAACUAGAGAUGCUGCUAGAAGAAACAGUCAGAGAUGCCCACGGCCAAGAAAACCAGUUAAACAGGAAGCACCCAAGAAGAAAAAGGAUGACGAUGACAACUGGGAACUUCCAGAAGGAGAGAUUCCCUAUCGCUGACUGAGGCAACGAGGUCCAUAAGAGGAAGCCAGAUAGCAGCUGAAAUGAGAAGGAAAGAACAAAAGAUGAAUACUGUUUUCAAGAAUCUCCCAACCGAUGAAUCCAUAGCUCAAGUGACUGACAGCCUCCCUCUUGCCUAAAUGAAAUGGAAUGAAUCAAAUCAGUAAGCUUUUUAAUUGAUUCAGGAUGAAGCGAAGCCAGAUUCAACCAGGCAAGGUCGGCCUUUGCCCAAGUUUGGUGAGUGGGAUGUGAACAACCCUGCCUCUGCUGAAGGAUUCACAGUCAUAUUCAACAAGGC